UUACUUCUCGUCCGCCAUUAUCUUUAGUCCAACUGUCAACCCUGGUGCUCCCUGAAUUCACCCGUCAACAGUUCAGGAUUUGCUGCGCGACGACGCCAGGGCAACAAUAGCGACACCGGGCCCAAGAUCGUCACGUCUGCCCUGCUCCUCGCCGGCUCACCACGCCCGCCCACCAUGACGCAAACGCCCAUGAUUUCGGUGCCCCUCAAGGCCACCAACGAAAUCGACUGGGUUACUCCGCUUAAGUCCUACAUUCAGAACACAUACGGCGACGACCCAGAGCGAUAUGCCGAGGAGUGCGCUACCCUGAACCGGCUACGGCAGGAUAUGCGGGGCGCUGGGAAGGACAGUACCGCGGGGAGGGAUCUGCUGUACCGUUACUACGGCCAGCUCGAGCUCUUGGAUUUGCGCUUCCCGGUCGAUGAGCAGCAUAUUAGGGUCUCUUUUACUUGGUUCGAUGCGUUCACACACAAGCCCACGUCGCAGUACUCGCUUGCGUUCGAAAAGGCCUCGAUCAUCUUCAAUAUCUCGGCAGUCCUAUCCUGCCAUGCCGCCAUCCAGACGCGAAGCCAAGAGUCGGGCCUCAAGCAGGCUUACCACUCCUUCCAGGCCUCGGCCGGAAUGUUCACCUACAUUAACGAAAACUUCUUGCAUGCCCCUUCCUCCGACCUGAGUAGAGAUACGGUGAAGACGCUCAUAAACAUCAUGUUGGCCCAAGCCCAAGAAGUGUUCCUGGAGAAGCAGAUUGGGGAUCAGAAGAAAAUCGGGCUCCUGGCGAAGCUGGCCAGCCAAGCUGCUACGCUGUAUGCCCAGGCGCUGGAAGGGGUGCAGGAGAACGUCACCAAGGCGAUAUUCGAGAAGGUCUGGCUUUUGAUGGUGCAGGUCAAGUUCAAUUACAUGACCUCGGUCGCCCAGUACUACCAGGCGCUUGCUGAUGACGACGCCAACGCACACGGCAUGGCCGUUGCCCGCCUCCAGGUCGCGGAGGGCCACGCACGGGACGCGAACAAGAUUGCCAACAGUUUCCCAAGCUCUGUACCGCCUAGCUCAAACCUGACAACAGAGUGCAGCGCUAUCUUGGCCGAGGUGACCAAAAGACACUUGUUAACGGUGCAGCAAAAGCUAAAGGAGUUGACAAAGGACAAUGAUUUCAUCUACCAUGACCCCGUGCCUGACGCAGCAGCCGUGCCCGCCGUCGCAAAGCUGCCCGCCGCGAAGCCGAUUCCAGUCAGCGAGCUGUACGCCGGGCAGGAUAUCCAACGGAUCACGGGGCCCGACCUAUUCGCAAAGAUAGUGCCGCUGGCAGUCACGGAGUCGGCGAGCCUAUACGACGAAGAGAAGGCAAAACUAGUGAGAGCCGAGACGGAGAGGGUGGAUACCGCGAACAGCGAGAUGGCCGCAAGCCUGGAUUAUCUGAGGUUGCCCGGCGCCCUACAGGUUCUGAAGGGAGGGUUUAACCAGGAAAUCCAACCCGAAGAGGACUUCCGAACAUGGUGCGUCGAUGUUUCUGACCACGAAGACCCUGCCGCGAUAUUCGACUUCCUACACUCGCAGAAGCAAUCGAUAGUGGCCAUACUAGAGAGGAGCAGCAAGCAGUUGGACAUGGAGGAGAGUGUGUGCGAGAAGAUGAGGUCAAAAUACGAGUCGGAAUGGACGCAGCAGCCCAGCUCCCGGCUCACCACCACCCUGAGGAGCGAUAUACGGAAUUACCGGGAAGCCCUGGAGGAAGCCAGUAACAGUGACCGCCAGCUAGCCGCGAAGCUGCGGCAGAAUGAAAACGAGUUUGCUGAGAUGCGUUCUGCCGCCGAGAGUGGCGAGAUUGAUGCCCUCUUUCAACGAGCCGUGAAGAAGGUGCGGAAGUCGAGCAGUGCCAACAGCCCGUCUACGGAGCCCAGUCUGCUGGACGCCGACUUUGACGAUGGCGGGCCCACCGUUGUCGAGCAGAUUGCAAAGGUGGAAGAUAUUCUCAAGAAGUUGAACCUCAUCAAGAGAGAGCGCAUCCAAGUGCUCAAGGACCUGAAGGAGAAGGCCCACAAUGACGAUAUAUCCCAAAUCUUGAUCUUGAAUAAGAAGUCUAUUGCCAACUAUGAGCAACAGCUCUUCCAACAGGAGCUCGAGAAAUACCGACCGUAUCAGAAUCGCCUGGUCCAGGCGACACAUAAGCAAGCAGCCUUGAUGCGGGAGCUAACCGUAGCUUUCAACGGCCUUUUGCAGGACAAGCGAGUCCGGGCGGAGCAGAGCAAUUACGAGUCUUUCCAGCGCCAGAGGGGUGCGGUGAUUAGCAAGUACAAGCGGGCGUACCAGGAGUUCUUGGAUCUCGAAGCCGGCCUGCAGAGCGCAAAAGCCUGGUACAAGGAGAUGAAGGAGACGGUAGAGAGCUUGGAGAAGAACGUCGAGACUUUCGUCAACAACCGACGGGCCGAGGGCGCCCAGCUGCUGAACCAGAUCGAGCAGGACCGGGCCGCUAGCAAGAGUGCGCAAGCUGCGUUGGAACAGGAGCGGCUAAGGGGCCUUAUGGAGCGCAUGUCGAUGGAGCAGCCACCGACUUCUCCGCAGCCAGCAUCCACACGGCCAACGCCCGCUCCGCUCUCCUUCAGCUCGGCGCCCAUGUAUCCCAAGACAAACUUUGCCGGGCAAUAUCAGCUUCCCAGCUCACCUCCGCCGACACAAACGGCGGCUCCGCAGUCCUACAUGCAGCAGUCGGGCCAGACUUUCACCUACAAUCCUAGUUCCCACGGCCGCAUUCCCGGGCCGACGUCACCUCCGCCAACACAAAGCACGUUCAACAUCGGCCCCAUGCGCCAGGGCCCCGCUUCUCCGCCGCCUACGCAAACGUCCUUCUCCCAGCCGACGAGAUACAGCACAUAUGGCAAUCCAGCCGUGAUGUCUCCUCAGCAGCAGCAGCAGCAGCCACCAGCGCCGCAGCAACAACAACAGCAGCAGCAGCAGCAGCAUGCCGCCUAUAUCCCACCCAACUUUGUGCCGCCUCCACCUCCGCCGGGACCACCGCCACUCGGACCCCAGCAAACAAUACACUAUGGGUACUAUCCGGGUGAUCCGAAUGCGGGUCGGCCAGGGUCGGCGCAGCAGCACCCAGCGCAGGGACAGCAGGACCCGUGGGCUGGGUUGAGUGCUUGGAAAUGAGGUCUACGCAGUAUAGUUGGUAUAUGGAAAGGGGGGGCUUGCGAACACGGGUGUCACAAACAUGGUUGCCCAUUGCCGUAGGACCAGCUCAGAUAUUUCGGCUGACGGCAGAAGAGGAAGAGGAGGUCGGGCUGGACUGUGGCUGCUGCCCGGUCCACAUGAAACAUCGAUGGAGGAACAUACCUUGGGCGGUUGUGGCAGAUGGACAGGGUUAGAGGGUAGACGCCGGCUUACGGCGGGGGAGUUGCAUUAGAUCCCAAUGAGGCAAAUUUAUGAACGGAUUACCUAGUAUAUGAUGAACGACGCCUUGAAAUGAG